AUGGCUGACUGGAACAUGUUGAAGCGUGUGUUGCGCUAUGUGAAAGGCACUCUAGGUUUUGGUUUGUGUAUUCAGAAGUCUGAGUCUAUUGAUAUUCAUGCCUUUUUUGAUUUGGAUUGGGCUGGCAAUCUGGAUGAUCGCAAGUCUACGAGUGGUUUUGCGGUUUAUUUGGGCAGUAACUUGGUUUCGUGGACGUGUCGGAAGCAGCGUACGGUUGCUCGGUCUUCUUCUGAUGCUGAGUACAAGGCAUUAGUUGAUGUGUCUACAGAGGUCACUUGGUUGGUUUCUCUGCUAUGGGAGAUUGGUCUGCCACCAAUGUCUCCGCCUAAGCUUUGGUGUGACAACAUGGGUGCUACGUAUCUGUGCACCAAUCCCGUGUUUCAUGUUAGGACCAAGCAUGUAGAGAUCGACUAUCACUUUGUUCAUGACAAGGUCUCCAAAAAGGAUCUGCUGGUUCAUUUUAUUUCCACUAAGGAUCAAUUAGCUGAUAUUCUAGCCUCAUCAUAUUCACCUUUGUGA